AUGGCUAGUACAGCUUUGAGAUAUAAAAAUGAUGCAAAGCGUGGUAUCAAAUACACCAUAAUGAUAACUGGUGCUUCAGGUACGGGAAAAACAACAUUUAUCAAUUCAUUAUUAGACACAAAACUACUACCUCACAGAUACCAGCCUAUUGGAUCUUCUAUUGAAGAACCUACAUUGGUCUCAUAUAUUGGUGAUUCUGAUUGUAACUAUGAUUCAAGGGAAUUCAAUCCAUUACGUCAAUACACUGAAUCAACUAUGUCAAUUACUUCAAGUAAAAUUGAAAUUGCAGAUGAUGAUGGUUCAAAAGUGAUGCUCACUGUUAUUGAUACUCCUGGUUUCGGUGAUAACAUUGAUAAUGAAUUAUGUUUUGCAGAAAUUGUUGGUUUUUUGGAACAACAAUUUGACCAUGUCUUAGCAGAAGAAACAAGAAUUAGAAGAAAUCCAAAAUUCGAAGAUACAAGAGUUCAUAUAUGUUUAUAUUUUUUGGAACCUACAGGUCAUGGACUAAGAGAGUUAGAUGUUGAAUGUAUAAAAAAGAUGUCCAAAUUUGUUAAUGUCUUACCAGUUAUAAGUAAAGCUGAUUCAUUCACACAAUCUGAAUUACAUGCUUUCAAGAGAAACGUCUUGUAUGAUAUCAAAAAAUAUAACGUUCCAAUUUUUGAAUUCAAUUAUGAUGAAGAUGAAGAUGAUAUAGAGACAAUAGAAGAGAAUAAAGUUUUGAGAAAUUUACAACCAUUUGCAGUCAUGGGGUCAAAGGAGAAAUUUGACGUUAAUGGUGAACUAAAAUAUGCAAGAAAAUAUCCUUGGGGUUUGAUAGAUAUUGAACAAAACUCUGAUUUCUUAAAAUUGAAAAAUGUCCUAUUUGGCUCCCAUUUACAAGAUUUCAAAGAUUUAACUACAAAUUUCCUUUAUGAAAAUUAUAGAAGUGAAAAAUUAUCA